AUGGUUAUUACUUCUAGUUCUUCACCACCAUCAACAGAGGGAUUAAAAUCGUUAACACAAAAUUCAACACCAUGUUCUCAAUCGCCACCACAGGCACAAAACAGUAAAGCAACAAGUUUAAUGGAUGAAGGUCAUAGCAGUAGUAAUGGUUAUAGUAACAAUGGUUUUAGUAGGGAAAACUCAUUACCAUUUUUAAUGGAUUUAGCAAUUGAAGAUAGUAUUAUAAAAGAAGAUGAUGAAGAGGAAAAUGAUAAAAGUAGAGCCGAAGAGAUUUUAAACUCAAAAUCAGAAAUUUUAAUAAAUGAAAGUUAUAACAAUAAUUGUAACAUUAACAAUACCAAUGAAGAUAAUACAAAAGAAAAAUCAUAUAUACCAAAAUCAUUUAAAAAAGUAACAUAUAGUGAUAAUCCAAUAGUUGUAAAUAAUGUAAUUUUUGAUAAUAAUAAUAAUAAUAAUAACCACAAUAAUAAUAAUGAUAAUAAUAAACCAGAAGAAAUUGAAGUUUCACCAAUAAUACAUAGUAGUAAAAAUAAUAGAAAUGUUAUUGAUGAAGAUGACGAACCAUCCAUUGUUGUUUCAGAAGAUAUCGGUCCGGUAUCAUCGUCAGCUACGAUGAAUUCAUUUGAAGUAAAUCCAUCACUUGCUUGUGGUGAAUCUUUAGCUACCGAAUUAAGUGAGCUCUUUUCACAUUUUAGAAGAUAUAAACAAUCAUUUCAAAGUAAAAAAGAAGAAGAAUUAUAUAAAUACCAAGAGAUUGUAAAUAGAUUAUUCGAAAAGGAUUAUAUAAUUUCGAAAAUUAAUAAUAAGGAAGGUGAUUUAUGUGCAACUUAUCCACCAGAUUUAAUUGUUAUCGAACAUGAAAAGCAACAAAUUGCCCAGCAUGCAAGAAAAGCAAAAGCACAUUCAUCCAGAACAUUCUCGUAA